UUGGUUGUUCGCCGUUAGUCUGGGCUCCGAUGGUUUAGCCCCGGAGGGUGGAUUGCAGCUGCGUCAGCUCCGUGAGAAGAGAUUUCUCUCGGCGAUGGUGAAUAAAUAAUGGUUUUUGGUUGCUGAUUACCAACCGGAAAACAUGGCCUGCGGAACGGAAUCUGUAGUAUUUAAGGAAUUUUGUCCUCUGUAUUCCAUCAUCAAUGCAAUUCCUGCAAAAGUCCAGAAAGGAUUUCGGUCUAUAAUCGUUUACCUGACGGCCCUGCAUGCCAAUGGCGACUAUAUUGCGAUUGGAAGCAGCAUUGGCAUGCUAUAUCUGUAUUGCCGGCAUACAAAUCAGAUGAAGAAGUAUAAUCUGGAGGGGAAGAUGGAGUCAAUCUCUGUUGUGAAACUUCUAAGCUGCUUUGAUGAUCUUGUAGCCGUGGGCACGGUCUCUGGAAGGGUAGCAAUUUUCCAGUUAGUGUCCCCUUUACCUGGGAGAAACAAACAGUUAAGGCGAUUUGAUGUACUCGGCAUUCACAAGAGCAGCAUCACUGCGUUGGCUUGGAGUCCAAAUGGAAUGAAGCUGUUUUCUGGUGAUGACCGCGGGAAGAUUAUUCAGUCUGAUCUAGACUUGGACAAGGGUUCUUGUAAUUCGAGCCUUAUACUCGAAGAGUUGUCCUCAGUUGUCCAACUGGAUUACAACCAGAAGGUGCUACUGGUCUCAACCACCCAAAGAUGUCUACUUUUCUAUACGGAGGAAAAAUCGGUGAAGCAAGUUGGAAACCAGCCUAGAAAGUUAAAUGGGCGCUACGGAGCAUGUUUCAUACCUGGACUCUGUAGGCAAAGUGACCUUAGGUUGUUUUCGUCAAGGCCAGGCCUGCGAAUCUGGAAGGCUGAUGCCAAUGGAAGUGUCCAGUCCACUUUUCUGUUAAAAGAUGCUCUGUCUCGUGAGCUGAAGUCAUUCGAGUUAUAUCCACGUGCGGACACAUCGCAUGAAAGCAAAUACGUCUUACCUGCCAAGCAUCUUAGUGUGUUAUCUUGCUUUCUGAACGAAGGCUGGGUUCUGAGCUGGGAUGAGUACAGCAUAUAUCUCAUAGACACGCUUAACCAGGCUGUUGUUGGAGGGCUGGAGACCUCAGGAGACAUUGUCUCGGUGUCGUCUACAAACAAUGAAAUAUUUCUCCUCAAGGGGGACAGAGAUAUCAUCCGGAUCUCAGACAUGCCUGAAGGGGCAGUAUCUGCGGGUCUCAGUAGCCCUUUUCGAGUGCGCACUGUAUUCUCUCCAGAAGUUGGCAGAACCCAAUUGGGAACACUAUCUGAUGUUCAAGAAAACCCAAAAAUGGAUGGCCAUACUGUUAAGACUGAGAGGAUACAGAUUGAAACUGAAAAUGACGAAGGUGAUCUAGACGUGACAGGGGUGCAAAAAGCCCAGAGUUGCUCACUUCCUGCAGAAGUAAAAAGCCGGAGCAGUUCCAUGAACUCUCUAGACAGCGGGUUCGGCUUGAAUGCGGCCACAGACCAUAUGUCGCCCAAUAAUGUGCCAAGAGGAUAUAGGUCGUCCUCACAGAGGUUCAGUGCAAUCAGUAGUGAAGAAUUCGAGCAGGAACUUGUUGUGCAAUCCAUUAAAGUUAAAAAGAAGAAAAAGAAACGCCACGAAAAUGGACCUAGGAAUCAUGACACUGGCUCUUUGGAGAGUACACCAAGUGUGGACAGUCCUCUGACUCUGAACUCGGACUUUUUUUCUGCAACACCCAGCUUGCCAAGUGGUAGUGUAGAUCAGCUAAGUUCCCAGGAAAGCCUGAACAGCGUAAAAUGCCAUAGUGUCUUGGAUGACAGCAGUGCCGAUGUUUUCUGUGCUUUGCAGCCUGUUGAAUCUCCUGCAGAAGCUCCCGAUAAUGAUGUUGGUCCUCUCGAUGAAGGAGGAAAUGUCUCAUUAGAUGUAACCGAAAAGACAAUAGUUCCUGAAAAUGACUCUGCCUCAAUGUCUUUAGACCCAUUGCAGACGGACAACAGUCUGAAACCUACAUUUUUGGUUGACAAGGAAAGUUUAAACUCUCAGCCUGACGCUGAAGGUGGUUCUGCCCUUAAUUUGUUCCCUUCAGAGACUUUUGAAAAUUCUACAAAAUUGAUAGAUGCCCAAGAUUCACUGGAUAUGGCGUCUCUUGCUUUGACUAUACCGGAAGAGACAAAUUCAUUGGAGGUCAACGAAAAACUCAGUGAAAUGCCUAAAGAGGACCAAGAACUAUUUACUAUCAAUACUACUUGCCAUGUAUUCUCAAGUUUCAUUGGGAGUGGCACCUGUCAAAAUGUUUACGCAAAACAAGCCUUUAGAUCUGACAAUACAGAAAACACCAAACAUGCUCACAUGUCUGAAUCAAGUGACGAGGAAGAUAUUUACAGCCAUAGGUUUAGGCGUUCUUCUCCAGAAGAGAAUGUAGCGGAGAUGGAGGCCUCUCAAGAGAUGACUCGGUCCACUCAAGAAGGAGCUUUAGUGAAAUCUGAGCAGCUUGCAGAGAGUUGGAUGGUUUACUCUGGACCUGCCAGUGGAAUUCUCAGUUUGGUUGUGUCCGAAAAGUAUAUAUGGUGCUUGGACUACAAGGGCUCCCUGUAUUGCAGUGCUCUCCCUGGUGCGGGACUACGAUGGCAGAAGUUUGAAGAAUCUGUCCAGCAGGUGGCAGUUUCUCCCACAGGGAACCUUCUUUGGAAAGUAGAACAAAAGACAGACAAAGCCUUUGCUUGCGGAAAGGUAACAAUUAAAGGAAAGCGACACUGGUAUGAAGCUCUUCCUCAGGUUUCGUUUGUGGCAUUGAGUGAUGACACGGCUUGGAUCAUUCGAACAAACGGAGAUCUAUACUUGCAAACAGGUUUGAGCGUUGACCGUCCUUGUGCCCGAGCUGAAAAGGUUGAUUGUCCCUGCCCAUUGUCCCAGAUUUCUGCCAGGAAUAAUGUGGUUUGGGCUCUUACUGAGCAACGUGGCCUACUAUACCGGGAAGGAGUGAGCAGCUUCUCACCUGCAGGCGAUGAGUGGAAAUGUGAUCUUAUCAGUGAAAGGCAAGCGUUGGAACCAGUCUGUUUGGCCAUUGGAGACCAAGAGACUGUCUGGACCCUGGAUGCUAGCGGUAACCUGUGGUUCAGGACUGGAGUAACUUCAAAAAGACCUGAAGGAGAAGAUGACCAUUGGUGGCAAGUCAGCAUCACAGAUUACGUUGUCUUCGACCACUACACCUUAUUUCAAACCUUGAUCCAGGCAACACACACUGUGGCCACCGUGGCACAGGCACCUGUUGAAAAAGUAGCCGACAAGCUUCGAAUGACCUUCUGCUCCCAGCAGACCCAGUGCCAGCCCAGCCUGCUCGGAGUCAAUAGGAGCGGUGUGUGGAUUACUUCUGGCAAAAAUGAGUUUCAUGUGGCUAAAGGAAGCCUAGUAGGAACUUAUUGGCAUAAUAUUGUUCUACGCGGUACAGCCUCAACUACCAGAUGGGCAAGUGUAUCGACUUCUGCGUCUCCUUCUGCAGAAGGAAGUGUGCUUUGGAUUUGUCAAAGCCGAAAGGAUCUGUUCUGUUUGACGGAUCUGAACCCUCCAUUUAGACCAUCCACAGUCCAACUCCCACCGGACACUGAAAUGAUCCACAUCUCCGCUUGUCCAGACGCUGUAUGGGCAUUAGAUAUUCAUGGAGGCGUGUUCAUCCGAAUACUUUCCAAGACCUGCCCGACAGGAAUGCAUUGGACGCGACUUGAUCUGUCUCAGCUUGGCCCUGUAAAACUCUGCAGUUUUUCCUGUGGAAAUCAGCACAUUUGGGCAUGUGACACCAGCGGAGUUAUUUAUUUCCGAGUGGGAACACAGCCUUUGAACCCUAGUAUGAUGCUGCCUGCGUGGAUCAUGAUCGAGCCACCAAUUCAGCCGGUAGGAAUCAACCUGGUUCGAGUCUUUUCCAGUCCCAAUGACUGCAUGCUCUGGACCAUUGAUAACAAAUACAAUGUUUAUGUAAGGAUUGGAAUAACCGAAGAAAUGCCCGUUGGAAUAGACUGGGAGCAUGUACCGGGAUUGCAAGCCUGUCAGCUAGCUGUAAGUACAAGAACCGUGUGGGCGCGCUGUCCGAACGGAGACAUCGCAAGACGCUACGGCAUCACCGAAAAGAACUCGGCUGGAGAUUACUGGAAAAAGAUCCCCGGAAACGCGGCCUGGUUAUCAGUGACCACACUGGAUGAGCUGUGGGCAGUGGAUACAAAUGGCUAUCUUCUCCAGCGACUUACCAAGACCUACAGUCAUCACCCCAACAUUCCCUUAAACGACACAUAUCUUUUGCACUCUGAUUUUGAAGAUGAAUGGGAGGUGAUCUGAUGUAGUGUUACUGAGGAUGGCUGCUGUGUGAUAUUCAAUAUGCUGCUAAAAGCCUGUGUUGUCCUUAUUAACAUUUCAUGUGUAUAUAUAUAUACGCACUUUGCCUGGUCCAUAACAUUUCCAUCUGCUGCACCCGUGCUCUUGUUACAGAGGCACAAGACAAAGCUGUAUAUUGUUUUGGUAUUAUUUGGUGUUGUAUCAAUCUGUGUUCCACCCAUGCAUGAAUAAAAUGCAUAGCAUAUCCUAACAAGGCAGAUUAAACAAACCGCACAACUAAUACUUCUACAAAGGGGAAUUCUAGCCCAUCCCAAAAGGGAACAGGGAUACCCACGGAAGAAAACUACCUUUUUAAAAGUCUAAAUGGUAAACCUACUUUACACAAAAUCAAAUCUUUAGAAGUCUUGCCCUGAAAAUACAGCUGUCGUAAACUGCCUUUCUUCGAAUAAGUUUUGUAUAAUCUGAAAGAUCACAUGUGUAUUUUAUAUUCCUAUAUAGGUUGCAUUUCAUGACUUGUAUCCAAAACAAAUGAAUUGUAAAAACAGUAACAGCCACUUCCCAGGAUUUUAAUUAUAUGUUUGAGUAUCCCUAUAUUUAUCAGGUAUGUACUUGUAAGGUGUAAAAAUACAUGUAGAAAAUCCACACAGCUCUAUCCUGCACCUGGCAGCCUGCUUAUAGAGAAGAGGACAAAAGAAACAAUGUUUCUAUUUCUCCUUCUCAUUUGCAUUGUGUGCCCUGGCUGUGCCUUGUCUGAACUGGAUGAUGUCAUCUGCUAAAUCUUUAUUAUAAAUCUUUAUUAUUUCCAUUUAUUUUUCUGUAGUUUUCAGUAAACCAUUCAUUAUAAUAUGUUUUUUUAACUCUGCUGCACAUGCAUGGUACAUUUCAUUAAGUAGCAAUCAGGGAUAUUGUGUGGGUAUAAUGGACGUUUAGUUAAAUUCAUCAAACUGCAAUAAAGAUCCUUUUCUAAUAUGAAUAACUAUAGGUAACCGCAAAGUUAUCAUUUUGCUAUUGUGAUAACCAGAGUAGACACAGAUUUAGUUAACGUUUAUGAUCUUUAUCUUUAACCUAUCGUGCCACCCAGUUCGUGACUUGCUCUCUCAAUGAAUGCCAGCUUCAGCACAGCAACUACAGUGGGUCAGACAGGAGAUAUUCCGUGAUUUGUGGACACAAGAUUGCCAGUAGUAUCCAAGAUGUCUGUAGAAUAAGAUCUAUUGGUAUCGUAGCAUUUAGGUUCUGUCUAAUUUAGGGAUUUAUUCCACAAACAGAAAGUUAAUGACUGAUUUACAAAAUGUAAGCUAAAAUUGCAGUUUAUUUGAAAGUGAUUUUUUUUUUUUUUUUCACUUCUUGGAAUUCUGGUUUCAAAGUGGCAUAAAUGUAUACUGGAAGCAGCCUCUUAAAUGUAGAACGUAGAUGUCUGCCUUGUGACAUUAUAUAGGAAGUAUUAUUUGGAUAUAGAUCACAUUUUAUCUGAAGCUCCCCAGCCUUGCCGUUAAUUGUCAGUUUAAAGCUCUGUGGUUUUUCACGUUUCAAACACUGCAUUCACUGUCCGCACCGGACAAUCGCCAUAAUGCUUUCCUCCAAGUUUGGCGUGCUAAAGCACUACAUUGACUUGAAAUUGGCCAUGAUCAUUCUCAUCUAGAACGCUAAUGUUACCCAGUUUAGUUCAUUGGCGGGUUUUCAGGCCUGCGUUACUACUCAUUCUUACAUAAUUAAAAAAAAUUCAUUGUGAUUUUGUCUAACUGUUGUAAAUAUUAAUUCACCUUAUUCACCUGACUUGGUUUCCCACUAUAUUUAUAAAUUUGUGAUUAGCCCCACGGAUUCUGGUGAGCACUUUGGACCUGUGCGUUUUGUGUACUUUAGACCUAUUUGCUGCUGGAUAGAAAUUAAUAUUUUCGGUUGCACACAGGAGUUCUGUUAAGUAGUCUCACUGGCUUAGGGUUAAUGGUAUCUUACAUUUUGUUCGAAAAUAGGUAACCGGCCUCUGAUUUCUAAAUGAUAUAUAGAUUUGCAUUUCAGAUUUUAUCAGUUUACUGUAACUUGUUCGAUAUAUGCUAUGUGAUCCCCUUUUAAAGAUGGGGGUUUUAGUGAAACUAAUGUGCUAAUUUAUUAUUCAGACCUGUUUAGCUUUAAUAUAUAUAUAUAUACUGUUUUAACAGUUUUAUUAUUGUUUAAAUAAAAUAAUAAAGUUGUUUGGCACUGUGUGCUUAUUUGCAUGUGA